CAAAACUUUGAAGGAACACUUGAAAAUCACUUUUGGAGCCUGGACCCUAUUUCUGUUAUGUCACGAAAUUAUUUUUUCUUGAAUUAAGACAGAGGAAGGUAGUGUACCCAGAGUCGAUGCGGUACUAUUUUUGAAUAUGUAUGGAAUCAAUAUUUGACUGCUGGAGUUGUCCCGCAAGACGAAUUUUUCGAUUGACAAGAUUAACUUCGUGUUUUGUAUGUUGCUAUGUCUUCUUCUUGGUGUGCUUUUCCGGAUCGUUCUUCAUCCAACACGCGUUUCUGUGAGCACAAGGCGACUUGUGGGACUUGUCUGGGGUUUGGCGCUCUCGUGGUUUUGUUUCCGUUGGGAAAUUUUAAUCCUACUCGGACUGAGUGCUGUUUGUUACACAUUUACCUGGCUUGCGAAUCCUGCGGUGGUUCACAGAUUCGUAUUUAUCGCUGCACUGGGGACGUUGUCUGUGGCACAUGUUUAUAGACAAGUAACAAACUAUGGAGAACAUGCGGUAGAUUUCUCUGGGCCUCUAAUGCUGAUCGUUCAGAAAGUUACUUACAUAGCAUUUAAUCUUCACGAUGGAAUUGCGAGAGACGAGAGUAAGCUAACAGAUGAGCAAAGAAGAGAAAAACUCAAAAAAGUCCCGUCUCUUUUGGACUACUUUAGUUACCUGUUUCACUACAGCACCGUUCUUGCAGGACCGGUCUGCACUUUCAAGGAAUUCAAUGAUUUUAUCGACGGCUCAGAUAUCAGACCUAAGAAGCCUGGUGAAAAAGAACCCUCGCCUUUGAUGGAUGUAUCAAAGAAAAUGUUGUCCGGUUUCAUGUGUGUGUUCAUUUUAUUCCUGACUGGGGCAGAUUAUCCGGUAUCUAGAAAUGCAGAUCCCAAGUUUAUUGCAUCUGAACCAUUCUACUGGAGAGUGCUAUACGGCUGGAUAAGUGCCACAGUUGCUAAGCUUAGAUACUACUUUGCUUUUAAAAUAGCGGAAGCCGCGAACAACAUGGGAGGCCUGGGUUUUAAUGGGUUUGACGAAAAUGGAAAAGCCAGAUGGAAUCGAGUAACUAACGCCAAUAUUCUUAAAAUCGAGUUUGCUACAAGUAUGAAAAUGAUGCUCGACAACUGGAACAUUUCCUCUGCACUCUGGCUGAGAAGGACGGUUUACGAACGGGUCAGCCAACACAGAACACUAGCUGUUUUUAUCACGUCCUCGAUCUGGCAUGGAUUCUAUCCGGGAUACUACAUGAUGUUCCUGACAUUUGGACUCAUGCUAGAAGCGGGAAGAAUGGGUCGUCGCGUCAUUAGGCCAUAUUUUCAGAAAACACGUGCUCUAGCUUUUAUUUAUGACGUGAUCACGUGUAUUGCGACCGGCCUGUGCAUGGCGGAAGGAGGAAUUCCGUUUCAGCUUUUGGAACUACGCCUGAGUAUUGACUAUUGGAGGUCCCUUUACUUCUAUGCCCAUAUUUGGUGUCUGUUGCAAAUCCUUGUCUGUCGAGGUGUAGGAACACGCAUGCACACAAGACUCGUGGAGAUUCCAACUAAGCCAGCAUCAACAGAAGAGAAUAAGAACUGGAUUUACAAAUUAGAUGGUGGAGGAGCUAACGCAGAAAUAGAUCAGGGAAAAAAACUAAAACUAAACUGAUUAAAAGUAAUUGGGCUUAAACCAAGUGGUAAUGGAGAUUAAAUAUUUGUGUUCUUUGCAAUGGAAUAAAGUAAAAGGAUAGAUUAAAACACUUUUGGCUAAAUGCAUUUCCCACCUAAAAUAUUUUCUUUAACAAAGUAUUUCUCCUUUUCUUUUAUGAAACGUCGACCCUAUAGGCGAAUCGAGUUUUACGGUCCCAACACCUUUUUCGAUUUGAGUAGGAAGCUUCACGAAUGUAAAACGGGUGUCAAAUGAGUUGUCGAGAUCUCAAGUUUCGCCCGCCUUAGCUCGAUAGCAAUGCGCUCAGUCAGGGAAUGUACUAAUGGCCAUUAAAGAAACGAAGGCUUGCUUUUGUCCAAAUUAUUGGUAUUCGGAUGCAAUCCAAAUACCAGUAAUUUGGCAAAGACGUUUCGUUGUCGAUGUUACUUUCUUGUUUAAGGCUCUCAAUGGCCAUUUAGAUGCUGACUUUUAACAAUACCAAAAACAAUAUUUGUUUAUUUCCACCAUUUGCAGAUCUCUCUGAAUUACUGGUAGGGUUAGACACUACACUCACAAACAUACAAAUAUACGUGUAUUUAUAUAAGUAUACGUAUAAUUAUAUAAAUAUAAAGAUAUAAAUAUAGUAUAGUAACAAUGUAGCAGAAAACGAAUGCGCAUACCUACACACUGUUAAUAUACGAAGCAUAUUUAACUGAUACGAACUCUGAGAAACGGUCAGUUCGGCCACGUCGCACAUGACAUGAUGGUCCCGACCUCAGCGAAUACGAGGUUUGCGACGAAAUGACCCUGUUAGAAAUUAGGGGAUAAAGCGGGCUUAUGUGCCUAAUGUCCGCCACAAAUUUCUUGCACGCCAGAUGACGUCUGGCCUCUAGAGACAGAAGCCCG